AUGGCUUCUUCUGCAUCAUCAGUGUCGUCAACAAACUCAUCUCGUUCAAGUACAAGUACAAUGUCUGAAGCAGAAUCGUUACCAGAAUAUAAACCACAACCGCCACCUUCAUAUUCAAGAAGAUCUACUUCAUCCCAUACAAGUUCAAAUUCUUCAUGUUCUGACCAAGAAUCAGACAUAGUAAAUCCACCACAAAAGGCUAGUGAAAGACAACUAUCGACAUGUUGUUCAGACUGUUGGGGGAAUUGUUUUGGAAGUUGUUCUGGAGAAAGCUGUACUGGUACAGACAAGAAUUUCUGUGGAUCUGCUUUAGUUGCAUUAUGCUGUGGAUCAGCAAUAGCUUAUGGUGUCGGUUCUUAA